AUGUCCUCACCAUCCACGCCACGGUCGACGCGUUCUGUGUCGCCCGCGGGUGGUUCGCCGAACAUUAUUACGCCCGGCCAGAAGAUCAAGGCCAUGAUGGCUCAAUUUGACAGCGAUUCAGAGGAUGAUACUCAAAUUGCCAAGUCAACAGAUGCGGUCUCGAAGCUUGAUCUUGGGGGUGUUUCUGUGCCGGCUGCUGAUACACGCAAGAAUGGCUCGUUGCACGACUCAGAAGAGGAUCCAGACAGUGCAGAUGAGGUUUUCCGACCAAAAGGCCGUAUGGCUGCCCGACUACAGGCUAGCUCUGGACCCUCUAAACCCGAGGACGAAAAUUCAGCAUUCGCCCGCGUGUCAAAGGCCAUCCGAUCAGAAAGAAAACAGGGCGAGAAGCGAGACCAGACAGAACCACAACCCACACCCAUUAGCGAAUCUAGUGAUGAUGACCUACCUACGGCCGGCCCGAGAAGAAAGCAUAAAUCCACAAGUAACUCUCCCAGGUCCGAUAACAGAACGAGCCAAACCCCUCCCCGUUUAAGACCCGACUCUCCCCUCUUUGUCUCCUCCCCAAAUGAACCGCAUAACGACCCAGAUUCCGAAAAUGCAGAUUACGAAAACGCCACUGGGAUGAAGCCUAAAGGAAACGCCCGUUUCAUGGCUCUUGUCGCUCAAAAACGCAAGGAACGCGAGGAGCGAGAGAAAGCUGAGAUCGCAAAGAAGGCAAUCCGAAAAGCCCAGCUGGAGCAGUUCAGCUCGCAGGUACUCUCGGGCGAGGAGAGCGGUGCUGAGGAUCCGCGUUCUGCGAGUAAGCUAUCCCAGAAGGCUCGUCAGCCCCGCAAAGCCAGCAAGAAGGCACUGGAUGAGAUGAGGCAGGAGACUCAGCGAAUGAGCCGUAACAUGCAACUAGCUCACCAGGCCAAAACAAAAAAGAAGAUUACCAAAGAAAGUCUCUUCGCCAAAUUCAACUUCAUGCAACCGGAUACACCGGCUGAGCAGGUCGCAGCAAAUUCAUCGUCAGCGGUCGGAUCACAAAAUUCGUCUGAUGGAGAAGUACGCCCCCAAACCAAAGAUACCCCGCGUACUUCUCCAGUUCCUAGCAAUUUGGAUGCUACCAAGACGACCACUGAUUCUGAGCAUGCCCAAGUUCAACUACCUGAUAUGAAUAUGGAUGACGACGGUGACGACUUGCCUGACCCAAAAGACCUCCUGGCGCCAAGCCAAUAUCCCGCAUUGUCCAAGGACCCUGCAGUCGAUGAUAUCUCGGAUUCUGUGCCUAAAACUAAAUCCGAGGGUGCCAACUUGAAGAGAGUUUCGCGCCCGUUGACACAGGCACCUAUCCGUGUGCUGCUUUCCAGGCAACAGGUUGCUGCGCGCCAGAAAGAUUCAGACGAUUCCGACAGUGAUCUUGAGGUGGUAACAGACCCUGGCAAGUGCCGUCGUCUCGCAGCGUUCGAGAAUCUGCCCACUAGACAGAUGCAUGAAGAUCCCUCUAUGACCAAGCUCAAGGCAUUGGCGCACCUGACGUCUCCUACCCGGAAAAUGGCUUCCAUGAACGCUGCAGAGCUUUCCGCAAAUUUAUUAUGGCGGGCCCGGCAGCAAGCGGCGAAGGAGCGCCGGGAGCGAAUUGAGGAACUCAGGGCCAAGGGAGUAGUCAUUGAAACAGCCGAGGAGCGUGCAGCGAUGGAGGAUGACAUGGAAAACCUUGUUGACAAGGCACGCAAAGAGGCAGACGAAAUCCGCCGACUAGAGAAAGCUGCUAGGAAGAAGGAUAACCACGACGAUGACGAAGAAGAGGAUGAUGACUACGAGCUUUCAGGCUCUGACGAGGAAAUUGAUGGUGACGAUGAGGAUGACCAAGAGGAAGAAAACGAGCGCGUCAAUCGCGGCGGGGAUUUCAUCGAGCAGGAGGCCGACGAAGACGACGAUUCGCCUGACGACGAGAGUGAGACCACUCCUUCAGAUGCAGAGAACGAGAUGCCUGCCGCGAGACGGCAGCGACGAACUCGGGUGAUUAGCGAUGACGAAGACGAAGACGAACCACAACCACCCUCAACGCCUGUGAGAGCCCCGGGUUAUGUCCCGCAGUCUGCCGAACGACCCAACUUCCUUGGCAUGGGAACACCAGGCAAUAUGUCCCUGGGUCUUACCCAAGCAUUUGCCUCCACACUGGAUGGUAAUGGGGUUGGAACCCAAGUGGAAUCUGCCACCAUACCUUUCUCUCUCCCAGACCCUGGUCAUGCUGUUCCUCAACUUCGUAAGGAGGAAUCAGAGAUUCUUGUCCCAGACAGUCAGCCCCAGCCCCAGGAUAAAGAAUUUAUGGAGGGCUACGCACAGAGUGUGACCCGAGUCUCAGAGUCGCCUGCACCAUAUGCAUUCUCGGAAUAUUCCCAAUCUCAGCUGCCCGACCCAACCCAGGACGAGGGCUUUGUAUUCUCCCCAUUCGAUCCCGCGAAAAGAUUCAGGGGUACUCCGCCCAUAUCUACCGUCGACACAGUCCUCGUAGGUCAAACUCAGUCGCCUAUUGCUGAUCGCAAACGCAAAAUGUUGCGCCGAGGACGUGCAAUUGAACUCUCUCAAGUAGAUGAGGAUGACAAUGAAGGUGACUUUGAAAUCAACGCCACUGCCUUUGAUAUCAUGAAGAAGAAUAAGGCUGCAAAGAUGAAACUUGCCCAGCAAUACAACAAGAAAGACAGCAAGGCCAAAGACAUUGUCGAUGAGGCUGCCGAAGAAUCUGAAGAUGAAUAUGCCGGCCUUGGAGGUAACAGUGACGAGAGCGAUGGCGAAGAAAAUGCCAUUGAUCGCCAAAUGAUCAAUGACAACAGCGGCGAGGUAGUUGAUGAGAAGCAACUUGCCGCACUCAAUGCUGUUCACGAUCGCAACCGCGACGAGAAAGAUGUCGCUAAGUUGAUGAGAGACAUCACUACCGGAGCCCUCCGCCGUCGCAAGAAUGCAGAUGACGACUUUGACCUUGACGACUCAGACGAUGAGCUCCUAGCACGUCGCCGUGAGAAGCAGCGCGAAUUCGCAAAAAUGCGCCGCGCUCUGCUUGCAGAUGAGAAAAUCGGCGAGAUUGCCGAGAACCCCAAGAAGGCCGCAUUCUUCAGGGCGGUUGAGGAUCGCGAAGUUGAUGAUGACUUCAAUAUCGACUUCCUUGAGGAAGAGGAUGCCUCCCAAGGAGAAGCAUCGCAGGAUCCCGCUUCGGGAGAGCAGUCAAAUGAUGUGGCGAGUGAUGGUCAGAAUCGCAAGCGCCCCCUGGAACCAUCGUCUGAAGAUGCAACCAACCGUCCGCCGCCUCGCCUCCGUCGCACUCCCGCUAGCGCAAUGUCAAAGAAACCGGCCACGAUAGCCGAGAUUCGUGAAACAUUGUCCUUCCUUACUGAAACACCCGAUUACGACUCCUUCCAGGACGAUGCUUCUCUCGAUGAGGGAGAAGACGAGCAAGAAGAUGAAGACACCCCUGACGCGGAAGAAGCUCAAGGCAAUGACCAACCACAAUCGGACGAUACCUUCGCCAAACCCAGCCAUCCACGCCGCACGCGCGGAGUCGUGGUCGACCGCCUUGCACUCCUGCGACAAGCAUCCUCCAACUCCGCCACAGGAACAAACUCUGGUCCCGCAAAUUCCAAGCUUGCAUUCCACAGUGGCCUCGGUGCAGAGGGUCCUAUUGGAUUCCGCCCUCCUCAACUUCUGCGUCGUGUUACGGCCGGCUCCUCAUCUUCCAGUAGCUCGAGUUCCUCCAACCGUGUCUCCAAAACUGCAGCUUCGGGUCCCAAGAAGGGUGGUGCUGUUAAUUCGUACACAGCUGCGCGUGAGCGUGAGCGUGAAAAGGAGCUCCGCAUUAAGCAGCGCAGCGGGGGGUCUAACAUUGCCAAGUUGCUAGGUAAGCAUACUGGUGGUGGUUUGAGUGGCCUGGACAAAGGCCAAUGGGACUGA